AUGGCCAAAGGAAGCAAAUUAUUAGCUGCGCUGGACCGCGAAAAGGGCGUCAACCACAAGCUCGAACAUCAAAAGAAGCAGCAAAAAGCCGCCGAGAAGAGAAAGAGAUCGAGAGUCGAGGAUCAGGAAGAAGAGGCUGUUCUUGAGGAGGCGAUAAAAGAGGCCGAGGAGACUGUUUUGGGUGCUGGAAAGAAGGAGAAGAAGGAUAAGAAGGGUGCUAAGCGCGCAAAGGUUGUGCAGCAAGAGGAGGUCGAGGUCGAGGCAGAGGCAGAGGCAGAGGAUGAUGAGGAGUGGGAGAGUGAUGAUGAGGACAAGACACAUGCUAAAAACAUUGCAAGACUGGUCGAGGACGAUUCCGAAGACGAGUCCGACUCUGAAGACGACAUCAACGGAGGCGCCGAGCUAGACGACUCCGAAGACGACGAUGAGGAAGACGAAGACAUUGCACUCUCAGACCUCGAAUCCGUAGCGUCAGAGGACAAGGGCGACAUCAUCCCCCACCAACGCCUCACCAUCAACAACACAGCCGCCCUCCUCCGCGCCGUCAAAUCCUUCGCCCUCUCCUCCAAACUCCCCUUCUCAGAGAACCAAGUCAUCAUCAGCGACGCUCCCACAGAAAUCCCUGAUAUCGAAGAUGACCUCAACCGCGAGUUGGCCUUUUACAAGCAAUCACUCGAUGCCGUCACAAAGGCACGCGGUCUGCUCAAGAAGGAAGGCAUCCCCUUCUCCCGCCCUGCAGACUACUUUGCCGAAAUGGUAAAGAGCGACGAGCAUAUGGGCAAGAUCAAGGGUAAAUUGAUCGAUGAGGCCGCUAGCAAAAAGGCGUCCGCAGAAGCACGAAGACAGAGAGAUCUCAAGAAAUUCGGAAAACAAGUCCAAGUCGCAAAGCUGCAGGAGAGAAGUCGCGAGAAGAAGGAUACCAUGGACAAGAUCCAACUGCUCAAGAGAAAGCGCAAGGGCGAAGACAUUGGCAACGCAAACGAAGACGACAUGUUCGACGUCGCCCUCGAAGACGCCGCCGAAACGGAAAAGAAAGACAAGGCCGCCCGUAAAUCCGGCGGUGCUUCCGCCUCCCGCGACGGCAAGGGCGGUUUCAAGCGUGUCAAGCGCGAUGAAAAGUAUGGCUUUGGAGGCAAGAAGCGCUUUUCAAAGAGCAAUGAUGCCAAAUCUUCGGGUGAUAUGACGGGUUACUCGGCAAAGAGGAUGAAGGGGGGUAAGAAGGGUGCUAGCAGACCUGGUAAGAGUAGACGUGCUAACAAGGCUUGA